CUCCGACAGUGUACAUUUUGUCAAACGAGAAUUUUCCGUCAGCCUCCAGCUGCCACAGACACAAUGGUCGGCCACGGCGUCACAGGGAUGCUCGGGGAAGAUGGAAUUCACAUUGACAUGAACCACUUGAAGACCGGAGAGGUCAACCUAGGUACCUCGAUUAUGGCUAUCAACUUCAAGGAUGGUGUUAUUCUGGGAGCAGAUAGCCGGACAACUACUGGAGCUUACAUCGCCAACCGAGUCACCGACAAACUCACACAGGUUCACGAUACCAUCUGGUGCUGUCGAUCGGGAUCUGCGGCGGACACACAGGCUGUUGCGGACAUCGUCUCCUAUCAUCUCAACAUGUACGGCAUCGUGAACAAUGAGCCUCCCAGCACCCAGGUGGCCGCGGCUCUGUUCCAGGAGUUGUGCUAUGAGAACAAGGAUAUGCUAAGUGCUGGUAUCAUCAUCGCGGGAUACGACCCACGCCAUGGCGGUCAGGUGUACUCGAUACCUCUGGGCGGGUCUCUACACAAGCAGUCCUACGCCAUUGGCGGCUCGGGAUCAACUUACAUCUACGGUUAUUGCGAUGCUCACUGGAAGGAGAACAUGACGGAGGAAGAAGGCAUCAAAUUCGUGCGCAACGCCUUGCAGGAGGCGAUCAAGUGGGAUGGCAGCUCCGGAGGUGUGAUUCGAUUGGUGGUGCUGACGUCCAGGGGAUCUGAGAGACAUUUGUAUUUGCCAGACACGGAGUACACUGGACCCGGCUUAACCAACAGAUCAUGAGUGCAAUCAUAUACGGGGAUGAUUUGAUUUGAAUGAUGUUGACCACUUAAAAUGUGCUCAUCUGCAUCUAUAUCCGCUGACGCAGUACCUCUCUGGUCGCAAGGACGGGCAAUUGCCUUGUCGAGAGGCAACACCAGGAUAGAGAUAUUCUUCACAUUCAAGCAAAGUGGUGUAGCGGAGUAUGAGCCGGACAUCUGAAAGUGACGGUUUGCGGGAUUUAAAUGGACCUGAUAAUAAUAAAG